CGAGGUAAAAGGACGGCACGGCAAUGCAGGGACGCCCCAGCUAGUCUCACCUUCAUCUCCAUCUUCCUUGCUUUGCACAUAAUCCUCAACUUUCUGUAGCUAAAGUCUACAUUCCAACUCAAUCUCAUCCUCCAAAAAUUCCAAACGCCUUCUCCUUCGCUCCUGUACUACAUUAGCUUCACGCAUUCACGACCAGUAAAUGUCCAGCACCGUCGACUACUUUAACGCCAAACCGUCUGCUCCUGCUGAAGCCGUCAACACUCGACACCGCUCUGCAUCUGUUUCUGCACACCACGCUACUCCUGAGCUCGAUAAUUCGAAUUCGCAUUCAAACGUACACGUUUCUGUCAGCGUCUCGCUGUCUGAGUCGCUCGCAUCCAUUUCUGCUUGGGCUUCUCAGAUCGUGCCAGGCUCUCCGCCGUCCGCACCUUCUCCACGUCGAUCCUCGUUUUGCAACGUUUCACCCAAGACUUCCCGUCGCAGCACUAUCAGCGCGACGUUCUUGAACUUCUGGGACUCUCCUUCCCCGCAGCCACAGACUCCCGCCCCGAAGCCCGUCUCUCCUGCCGAUCUCUUAGCACACGGCUAUACAAGCAUCUUCGUCCAUCUCCCUUCUCUCCGUCGGGGCUCUGAUUACUCCGACUCUCCACCAGACUCGCCGACUCCGGUUCGUAAGACUGAGAACGCUCCACUACCGUUGCCUAGGCCGCAGCCUCGCCCACGUACAAAAUCGCUAACUGCCGAGAAUAAAAAAGAGAAGCCAGGCACUGCAACUCGUCUCCGCUCUCUUUCAUUCAAAGCGAAGAAAUCCAAGCCUUCAGAGGUGAUGCCAGGAUUUAACGUACCACCCAUGCCUGCUCUCCCUACCUACAAAUCUUCAGGUCGCCCAACCUCACCGCGCUCAAAGAAACCCAAGUCAACGCCGCAGUCACGUUACGGAGCCAUUCUCGGGCCCGGAAAUGGCACCGGAGCAUUGCCAUUGGCUCAAGAAGUCGCAUUGGCCCAGAUGCUCGAUGGUGGAAGUCUUGAUGCGAAUGUGAAAAGAGUAACAGAGCGUCAUGCGCGGGCCACCGGUGCUCACAGCAAAACAUCGGUACGUGAUGAGGUCUACAAGGGUGAUAGGAAGGACAGGAGGCCGAUCGAGAAGCGUGAUGCACUGGAACGAGAGGGAAAGGUAGGCGGUGGUGUCACUGGGAUCUACCGCGACCAGAACGGUGGGCUAUGGUGGGACGAAGAUGAGUCGCUUGAGCUUACAGGCCUACUGCCGUCAUCGGACGUGCAAACGCAAACUCACCAUGGACAAAUGCCACUCGGCAACUCAAGUGUACACAACCAGGAGAAGGAGAAGCGCAGAGGACUCCUUCCACGUCUCAUGACUUCGGCCAAACCACCUCCCACCACAUCUCUCCCUGCACCUCCUAGCUGGGUACCGUUGCACUCCCCGUCAGCAGCUAAGCCGGGAAGGAAAGGAAGUGCUUCCGAUGCGAGCACGGACGGUGAAGAUCUAGAUUUGGAUCCAGCAUACGCUGUACGGCCGCGCGACUCUUCCACACUCUUCCCGGCAGGCUACUCGAUGAGCGCAGAGAGGGAACGACAUCUCCGAAGAGCGCCGCGCGGUAUUGAAGCAUUUGGCGUCUCUCCCCUUGACUCGAGUUCGUCCUCGUCUCACAGUGGUCCUCGGGAGAGACGGGAGAGGAAACGACCAGCUCCCCUCACUCUGCCCUUGCCGCUCCCUACUCCUCAUGCACCGGCGACUGCUUCCACAGCAACGGCGAGGACAAGUUCACGUCCAAAUACAGCACAGGCACCGCCGCCGCUUCCGACAUCGGGCGUCCUCAUUGGAGGACCGACUCGCGAGGAGAGAGAAGGACGACAGGAGUUCUUCGCUUCCACGUUCGCACCCGCUCCAUACCCUACAUCCGCACGUCCUGCACACACAGCACACGCAUCUCCUCAACCGCAGCAGAACCCACAGACGAAGCCCAAAGCCGCACGCCGCACUUCACUUUCUCUUGGCCUUUCAUCUUUCGGCAUUGGUGCAGGUAGCAAACACGGACGGCGUGCCAGUGUUGCCAGCGCAUCGCCCACCUCGCCCAUUACGCGUAUUCAAGCAAACGCAUACCCUGGCUCGUAUGCAAACGGAUCACAGGUUGCACUUUCAAAGACAUACUCUCGACCUGGGACUGCACAGGGUGUUGAGAAAGUGCUGAAGACGAAAGCGAGUCGGUCGCGGCUGGCAGGACUCUUCAAGCGUGGUUGAUUGGGUCAUCCUUUUCCACGGCCACGGUCAACGAUUGCAUCUUUUCGUUUUCUUUUUACUCUCUCCGAAUUUAUAAAUCAGCACAACCAUGUCUAUACAUACACACAACACACAUACAGUAUCGGCACUAUCAAUGUCUCGUCGUUUGUUUGCAUGAAUGUAGCACUAUCCAUUGCUAUCUCCGUCUCUGCGGUUCUUUGCAUUUUUUAACACGAUCUGGUCAUCUAAUUCUUGAUUGUCUUAUUUUCGUCUUCCUUGUCGUCUAUUUCAAGCUGCUAUGUCUCGUAUGCCGUAUGCCGUUAAUGCGAUGCCUAUACACACUUU